GCGUCGGCAGGUGGAGGGAGAAGGGAAAGUUUGACCGUGCGUGGGGCUCUGGUGGAGGGCGGGACGGAGGGGCUGGGCGCAGCGAGGCGUCUGUGGCGGUGCUGCGGAGGCCAAGCCCGGGCCGUGGACCGUGCCGGCGAGUGCUGGACACGGAGGAGCAGGAGGCUGGGUCCGCGGGAGCUCCGCGCCUCCGCCGCUCUGCCGCGCCGUGACCCCGCGCCCGUGCGCCGUCCGAGCCGGGGCUGUUCCCGAAGCGGCUGGUGGGGGCGCGGCGGCGGCGGCGGCGGAGGUUGGGGGUGGGGAGGAGCGCGGCGAGGAGACCCGAGAGGUCAGCGAGUUGGAGCGAGGACCGAGAGUCGCGGCCGCCGUCAUGUCCGAGGACUCGAGCGCCCUGCCCUGGUCCAUCAACAGGGACGACUACGAGCUGCAGGAGGUGAUCGGGAGUGGAGCAACUGCUGUGGUCCAAGCUGCGUAUUGUGCCCCUAAAAAGGAGAAGGUGGCCAUCAAACGGAUCAAUCUGGAGAAAUGUCAGACGAGCAUGGAUGAGCUCCUGAAGGAAAUUCAAGCCAUGAGUCAGUGCCAUCAUCCCAAUAUCGUGUCUUACUACACAUCGUUUGUGGUGAAGGAUGAGCUGUGGCUCGUCAUGAAGCUGCUAAGUGGAGGCUCUGUUCUAGAUAUUAUUAAACACAUUGUGGCAAAGGGGGAGCACAAGAGCGGAGUCCUGGAUGAGCCGACCAUCGCUACCAUCCUCCGAGAGGUCCUGGAAGGGCUGGAGUACCUGCAUAAGAACGGACAGAUUCACAGAGAUGUGAAAGCUGGGAAUAUUCUCCUUGGAGAAGAUGGAUCAGUUCAGAUUGCAGACUUUGGAGUUAGUGCUUUUUUGGCAACUGGUGGUGAUAUUACGCGAAACAAAGUGAGAAAGACCUUUGUUGGCACACCUUGCUGGAUGGCCCCUGAGGUGAUGGAGCAGGUCCGAGGUUAUGAUUUCAAAGCUGAUAUCUGGAGUUUUGGAAUCACAGCCAUUGAACUGGCCACGGGGGCAGCUCCUUAUCAUAAGUACCCACCAAUGAAGGUUUUAAUGCUGACACUGCAGAAUGAUCCUCCGUCUUUGGAAACUGGUGUUCAAGAUAAGGAAAUGCUGAAAAAAUAUGGAAAAUCAUUUAGAAAAAUGAUUUCAUUGUGCCUUCAAAAAGACCCAGAGAAAAGACCAACCGCAGCAGAACUGCUAAGGCACAAGUUUUUCCAGAAAGCAAAGAAUAAAGAGUUUCUUCAAGAAAAAAUACUGCAGAGAGCACCUACCAUUUCUGAAAGAGCUAAAAAGGUCCGCAGAGUGCCGGGUUCCAGUGGCCGUCUUCAUAAGACAGAGGAUGGAGGCUGGGAGUGGAGCGACGAUGAAUUCGAUGAAGAAAGUGAGGAGGGGAAAGCAGCAAUUUCACAACUCAGGUCUCCCCGAGUGAAAGAACCUUUAACGACUUCUGAGCUCUUUUCAACAACUGAGCCCAUGGGUACUUUGUUGCAAAUUCCAGAAGAGAGUUCUGCUCACCUACCUCAGCCAGCUGCACCGAUGCCUGCACAGCCGACUCAAGUCUCCCUCCCACCUCCAACAGAGCCAGCACAAACAGCUCAGGCUGUGACUUCAGGAGCAGGUUCCCAGGAGGUCAAGAUUCCUAUCAGUCUAGUGUUAAGAUUAAGGAAUUCUAAAAAAGAACUAAAUGAUAUCCGAUUUGAAUUUACUCCUGGGAGAGAUACGGCGGAGGGGGUCUCCCAGGAGCUCAUAUCUGCUGGCCUGGUCGAUGGAAGGGAUUUAGUGAUAGUGGCAGCUAAUUUGCAGAAAAUUGUAGAAGAACCUCAGUCGAACCGGUCUGUCACUUUCAAAUUGGCAUCUGGUGUGGAAGGCUCAGAUAUCCCUGAUGAUGGCAAGCUCAUUGGAUUCGCCCAGCUCAGCAUCAGCUAAGUCACAGCCCCAGAGGAGAUGGCCUAAGGAGUUUCCACACCUGCAUAUCUCUGUUGCUUCUGUUGGCCUCAGCCCACUACUGCCAAAGAACCCAGCCAUGCACCUCCCAGCUAGGAGCUUUAGAGUUGUUUCUUUUUGUUCUUCCUGCGUCAUCAGUCCCCCUUUUCCCCACAGGGAAAGAGAAGUUGGGUCACUUGUGGCCGGCACCCUCUUCAAGAGUUCCGUUAGUUGAUGUCCUGCCUAUGUCCCCACCUUCCUCCAUAUGAGAAGUGGCCCGUGUUCCUCGAGGCCAGGAGGGAGAGCUAUUGGCUCAUUCUUGCCUUACUCCCAGGCUUGUCCAGGUGGAAAGUAGCAGUUAUCCUGGGCUUCCUCAAUCCACCUGCUCCCUCACACCUGCCAGGGUGUGGGUGUCUUGGGAUAUCUCUUUUCCGCUGCAGUAGCAAUUCAAAGCUGACUGUUGAAGCUGGAACCCAGAGAAUUUCAUUUUGUACUUUUUCUUUGUACCUGAGAAGAAUUCUAGCAACCUUUGUUAGGGAAAAAAAAAAAAAAAAAAAAAAGCACAGCCUUGGGUGG